AUUAGCCUGCAAACCUUGACAAAAGAGAAUCUCCUUUAUUACUUUCUUUCGUGCCUUUUUCUUUUGUUUUGUGGCAUUGAGAGCAACGACUCUUUCCCUUAUUGAAAAUAAAGAAAGAAAUUGCCAAUCAACUAACACCAAAAUCUUGUUAUCUUCUCCCUCUCUCCUCACACAUGGUUUUUGUUGUCAGAGAAAAAGAAAGAAGGAAACAGAAUGGAAGAAGAGAAACCAUCCUGUGCGCUGCCGGUCAACUCUACGCAGUACUGUAACAGUGCAAGAAUUAUGUCGUCGGAGAUCGUUGAGAUUGGAGAUGAUAGCAGGAGUAUUGCUAGCAGCAGAGAUGGUGGUUGUUUUCUUGAUGUUUAUGUUGCUGUUGGUAAAGAUGAUUUACAUGUCCUGAAAUGGGCUCUUGAUCGUGCUGUUUCUCCUGGAACUCGAGUUUUUCUUGUGCAUGUUUUCCCUCCUAUUACUUAUAUUCCUACACCAGUGGGAAGACUAUCUAGGAGCCAAUUGAGCCAAGAUCAAGUGAGAUUUUACAUUAAUGAAGAGCAUAACAGAAGAAGGAGUAUAUUGCAGAAAUAUAUUCGAUUGUGCAAUGAUGCCAAGGUGACAGUUGAUACAAUGCUCAUUGAAAGCAAUGAGACCGCCAAAGCUAUUCUUGAUCUUAUUCCUGUUCUCAACAUCACUAAUCUUGUCAUGGGAACUACAAGGCCGCCUCGCUCAAGAUUACUGAGGAAAAGAUUGGCAAAAGCGGAAUUUGUAAAGAAGAAUGCGCCGGACUAUUGUGAGGUCACUGUUGUUCAUGAUGAGAAGAAGAUUGCGGAAUCAAAAGAGGUGGUGCAUUCAUCUCUGUCGUCCAGUACUCGUAGACCAGAUAUUACUCGCAACUCUGACAGGAAGUUCUUUGAGUGUGUAUGCUUUUCGAGCAGGUUCAACUCAAAGAUAAGCUUUUACAAAUGAUGAAAAAUUGGAACUCAUUUUCAGUUUCUA